AUGAGCAGCCAAGCUACUUACCUGCCUUUCCAGGAUGUAACAGGGGAUCUCUACAGCUUGCCUAUGACAGAGCAGCCAGAAGUGCAGAUUAUUGAUUGGCGUCCCUACUCUGGACAAUGCGGGAGCCACUUCGAACUGGCUAUCAAGUUGGAAUCCGAUGUGGCUUACACAAUCUUUUCAGUUGCAUUCGGCACUUGCGUUGUGACCAACGUCGAUCAUGCGAGGCUUGGCGACGGGUAUUUGGUGUUGACCACCAACGUUCCAGCGUGGUCAGACACUGGAUGGAACGGGGGGCAAGUGCCGGUGCAUCUUAUUAUGCAACAUGCUGGCCGCCCAGAAACCAUUUAUUCAGGUUGCCUGGGAUCGUUUACUUACAAUGAAUACCUGGAGGAACCCAUUUUUACAAAUUCCCGCGAAUCGUCGCUCGAAGAGCCCUGGGAAUUGGAGCCGCAGCCCUGCGACUUCUCAUUCGCAAGCUCUCACCCAUUAAGUCAAGCUGCACAAAUAACCGAUCUCUGUGAGGUCGACCCAAGCGCCCAGGCACCUGCGGGUGUGCUAUGGCGAAGUCUUCCUCAGCUUAUGGAUAGCGCACACCAGUGCUCAUCUCCUGAAGAGGACCCUACCACCUUUCCGAGUAACAAAUCCGCUUCUGAUACGGCUAUGAUCUUGUGGACAUCCGAGCCCUCUUUGACGCCAUCAAACUCGUCAUCAUCCGACUCUGCGGAAGUGACACAACUGCAGCCGUUGGCUCCUCUGUUUGAGACGGGAGAUAUAAAAUAUUGUAUUGAUGACUCAAUUACUCUGAUGGAUACCUUGAGCAACUGGUCCGCAACCGAGCGAUUUGAAUGUCGUCGUUUGGUUCAAGUUCGUAGCGAAAGUACUGGGGACACCGUGGUGUGUUCAUUUGGUCCAGUACGUGAGGACCAGAUCCAGCCAACGGACACGAUCGUCUCAUGCAUCUUCUGGGAAGCUCGACGAGCAUGCUUCAUUACGAGUGUUGACUGCAUAUAUCUGCUGGAAUCGUUACUGGAAAAGAGGUUUACAGUGGAGGAGAAAAAUCGAAUACGGCGCAAUUUGGAGGCAUUCCGUCCAUCAACCAUAUCAAAAACAAAACCUGAAACCGAAUCAUUCUUCAGAUUAAUUAUGAGUUUCCCUAAACCUCGUCCCCGGAACAUCGAAAAGGAUGUCAAAGUUUUUCCUUGGAAAGUUUUGAAAAGUGCUCUAUUAAAAGUUACUGCAAAAAGCACACUAUUCGCAUAGGGCCACGAGCUAUAAACAGUCUCCCUUUGUAGCAAUUUGUGCUAUUUGGGUAAUAGUAUCAUGUUCUUGUAUGUCCACA